AUUAUGGACGGUGACUACGUUGGAAGAAGGAGUUUAUCAGAAGGCUUUUAAAAACGCGGAGAUACGAAAGUUUCAGUUUCCAGAGUUUAAUACGGAAAAAAUCCAGCUUUAAAAGAAGGGAUUCUAAUCAGAGACAGGGCUCCGGGAAUACCAUGGCGGCCAUUCCAUUGUGCAUACCAAACAACUGCAGCUGGGAUGAAACAUCGGGAGCGUUCCAGCGCGACUCGAGUCAGCCCCGCACGGGACUUCAGCCUGUAAACCCGGCACUGCGGAAACUUCGGUCCAUUGGCGGACCAGUGUGCGUCGUGUCGAUAGCCGGGCCAUGCAGGAGGGGAAAAUCGUACAUCCUCAGCAGAGCGUUCGAUCAAGGGGACGUGUUCCCACUGGGGCAUUCGUUUGAUCCGGAGACCAUGGGAAUUUGGCUGUGGGUAGUACCAGAGAAAUACAGGGAUGCUCAAGGCAGAGAGUUCACCGUUGUGCUGUUGGAUUCCGAAGGAAUUGAUGCAGUGAGUGCAGAGGGUAUUAAUGAUCACGCCAUAUUUACACUCAGCGUUCUCUUGAGCUCUGUAUUAAUUUACAAUUCUGUUGGCGUUCCCACAAGAACUGAUCUUGAGGGACUUGAUCACAUAAUCAAGAUUUCUCAGCGGAUUCAAGUAGUCUCAGGACAACCUUUAGACGAAGAAGAUUCACAGCACGUGUUUCCUUCUUUUGUGUGGCUGCUCAGAGAUGUUGUGUUAAGUCUUCCCAAGGGCGUGGAAAACUUAAAAGCGUAUUUCCUUGAAAAGGUCUUCAAGAUGCGAGGUCGGCCUAAUGAAAAGUCUCAAAAGGUCGUGGACAACAUUCUGAAGUUCUUUCCUGACUUUGACGCCUUUCCCCUCUCCCCUCCGUCAUCAGAUGCUACACUCAUACAAAACUUAAAUGAGAAGGGGAGGCAGGGGGAGAUUAGUUCAUCAUUCAAGAAAGGAGUGGAAGAGUUCAAAAAGAUGUUGCACUCAAAACUAACUCCCAAACGGAGUUUUGUUGGACAAGGAUUUGUCACUGGAGAAGCUCUGGCAACUCUGGUCGAAGAAUAUGUUCAAGCUGUAAAUUCACCAGGGGCUGUUCCAGUUGUUGAGAGUGCAUGGAACGUGUUUACCAAAACAAAAUGUACUCAGACUCUAAACGAUGCUAAAGCUCUGUACGAUGGAGGGAUACGAGAAUUCAAAGAAAAGGUGUGUCUUCCCUGUGACGACAGAAAGAUUCGCAAUGCUCAUCAAGAUUAUUUGUUGGAAGCUCUAACUUUUUUUGAGACUGAAGCAGAGGACACGGCUGUAAUGGCCCGGUGGAUAUACAUCGAGGAGUUAGCGAACUAUACAGACGAAGCUGAGAGUGCUUUGUUAAGAGAGAACAACAAUCUGACCGAGGAACAGUGCAGUGACCUGAUGAAAACGCUACGCGUGGUGUGGUUGGACCCAGUCCUCAAAGAUGUCCAUGAUCCCAAUGAUCACGAAUUCUUGAUUUUGGAAGAGCGUUUGAGGUCUGUUUAUCAGAAACUUGACAGCGACUUCAAGCAACAGGCCAAAGGAGACAAGAGCUUAUGUUCAAACCUAGCUUACAUCUAUGAAUUGCAACAUUUUGAAGAGAUGAAGAAACAUCUUGCUCGACUUAGGACAAGGAGGAAGUAUUAUGAAGAUAUCUCCUCCGAGAGAGCAGCAAGAGAAGCUGAGGCUGAGGAGACAGAAAGGCUAAGGGAUGAGAACUUGCAUUUGGUAGAGGACAGAAAAGAAAUCGAAGGAAAGAUAACUCGCCUAGAGGAGAAACACAUCGAAGAUCAAAGAAACAUCAAACGCAUGGUUGAAGAACAAAUGCGAACACAGAAAGAGCAGGCCGAAGCUGCCAUAUCCGAAGCGAGGGAAAGAUCGACAGCUGAGAAGGAAAGAUAUUUACGACAACAAAGAGACCUUCAAGCUCAGAUAGAUGCAGCUAAACGAAAACAGCAGCAAGAUGAACAAACCAUAAAGAAUCUGCGAGAUAGACUGAGGAGAAUGUGAUUAAGACAAAGAAUGAAACAAGAGAAAAUUGAGGACAUCAGAGAAAAAAUGAGAAAAAUGAGAGAGAGAACUGCUUCGAUUAAACAUCGAGUUGGAAAAAUGUCGGUGAUGUUUAUUUAUAUAAGAGGAUGUAUGAAUCAACGUUCAUGCGAUUACGCGACCUUGUCUUUUGAUUUUAUCAUUUCCACAACUUUUCUGAAUUUUACGAAAGUGUUCACUAAAAAUUCUGAUUUUGCCUUCAAAGGAAGUUUUACUACACAGAGGAUCUAAGUUUUUUUUCUCUUCGCACUCGUUCUGCCUUGCAAUAAAAAGAAGAAAUAAUGUAAUCAAAAUUUUCAAAAGUAAAACUAAAAAAAGAAUGUGACUCGUACUAUUCCUAGAAAUCCUUGUGACAAAACAGUGACAACUAUGGAUGAUCGGAAGGCCUGACAAAUGAAUAAUUUCAUUCGCCAUCUUUAUUGAUGGUACCUUUUCCAUAAUUCACCUUACAUCAUAUCUACAAACCAAAUGGAUUAGAUUAAUUCUACACCUUUUAAAUAUUUAAUGUUUAGCAGAUCCAAGGAAAGAGUCUGAGGGGCCUGGACCCUCCUACAAAUCAGACCUGUAGGUAUUUUCAUUACUUGCCUGAAACCAGAAAUAUAACAACGACAGGAAUAAAUAUUACAUCUAAACUUGAA